UCAAGUUGUGGUUUUAUGGAGGGUGUUGGAGAUGAUGGUGCAUCAGCGGCUGCAGCUUUGAACAUUAAACCUGCAAAGAGCUUCCAGUAUUACUUAGAUAAAACGACUCCCCAUGUACUCUAUAGGUGGAUUGGAACCACUGUAAUUAUGGCACUCCUUUAUGCUCUUCGUAUUUAUUCUGUUCAUGGAUUCUACUUUGUUACAUAUUUUUUGGGCUUUUACAUAGUCUAUUUGCUGGUUGGUUUCCUGUCGCCUCUUGUUGAUCCUCAGAUGGAACCUUCUGAUGGACCUCUAUUGCCUACUAAAGCUUCAGAUGAGUUCAAGCCUCUCAUUAGUCGCCUUCCGGAGUUUAAAUUCUGGUAUGCCAUAACAAAGGCUCUCUGUAUCGCAUUUAUCAUAACUUUCUUUUCCCUAUUCGAUGUUCCUACGUACUGGCCUUUCUUGUUGUUCAUCUGGAUUCUCCAUUUUGUCAGUACCAUGGAUUCCCUAAUUAGACGAAUGAUCAGAUACAAAUACAUCCUAUUCAACCUUGGGAAGCAGGUGAGCGAGUUGUUUUUGUGUAUUUUUCUGAGUAGUAUUCUUGCUGUCAUCAUUAGGUUACCAGUCUUAUUUGGUCUCUGGAAAAAGGUCAGGGCAGCAACACCAAGGACAUAAGUGGCGCUGAUUUCUGGUCAAGAUUUAAACCGUUCUAUUUUUCUUUUCCAGAUCAUGAGCUCAUUAU